AUUUGUUUCUAAAUUUUCUCACAAUUUUUUUUUUUUCAUAUAAAGUAUUAAAGUUCAUAAAUUACAUUUUUAUAAAUUAGUUUCUUAAAAAAUCUGUAUCAUAUGUGGGUUUAAGUUAUAUAAUUUUAUGUACAGUAGUGCUUACAAACAUUUAAACUUCGUUUUAUAUUGGACGUUCAGGGAUUUUCCAGAUGUAAUAACAAAAUUUUUGGAAGUAGUUCAUUUAACAUUUUGGUUUCAAUAAUUUUUUAUUUGAAUUGUGAUAUCCACCAUGUAUUGGAAAAAUAAUCCAGCAUCUAAUUGGGACUCAAUUUUUGACAGAGAGAAUUUGUGUCUAAGCGAUCUCAUGAGAGAACAAAAUCUCUUGGAAGAACUUAAAGGCCAGAACAAAAAACUCAUAGACUUUUUAACAAAACCUGAUAUUGCAUUAGAACUGGUUCGACUAGUUACACAAGAACCUCAAGAAAAUGAAAACCCAGAAAAUCGUUUUGUUUUACCAAACUUAGCUUGUGAAAUAUUAACUAGCGAUAUUCAACCUAUGUAUAAUGUUCUUUCACAUGAAGAAGAAAUUUGGAAAUGUUUUUUUAGUUUUCUAGAAGAUAAUGAACCUCCACUUAAUUCACUAAUGGCAUCAUAUUUUAGCCGGACUUUGUGUAGCCUUAUAUUAAAAACGGGUAGUCAAGAUUGGUAUACAUAUCAGUUCAAUUGUCUUAAAGCACUUGAGAAAGUCGCGGAUAAAGGAAAUUUUAUAGAUUUGUUACUAAAACAUCUCGAUACAUCUGCUAUAAUGGAUCUCAUUAUAAAAAUAUCAACACUUUUAGAAGGACCGCCUUUAAGAAGUAACAUAUUCACUUUAUUUGAAAAAGAACAAUUAAUUUUCAAGUUAGUAGAUACAUUGGACUCAAAAAAUCUUCCUGUUAGACAAUUGAAUGCAGCAGAAAUAAUUUGUGCUAUUGAAGUUGCAUCAGAAUUGCAUCCUCUUGAACAAAAUCCACUUGUUAUUUCAAUUGAAUCACCAGAGACUGUAAAUACAGUGUUAGUGAAGAUGUUUGGCCAAACUGAGAAGACUGAAAGCACUUUAUUGGGCGGCAUUUCGAUACUUCAAACUCUGUUAAUGGCCACUAAAUUCAAAGGUGAAGAUUCAAAUGAAGUGUAUAAUAAAAAACAAUCUUUGGCUGAGAUUUUAUAUAUUACAAUUUUACCAUUUUUAGAACAUAUUCACAAUGUUUUGUUGGUUCCUCCAAAGAUUGAAAGUUUAGAAAGUAUGGGGAAUGUAAUUGAAAAGCCUUUUGGUAAUGUACGUUUGCAAAUUGUGCGGUUGAUAAGUUCAUUACUAAGUAUGCAUAACCAACAAAUAAAUGAAAGAUUUGCUCAACUUAAUACAAUAAAAGUUCUUCUUGAUUGUUUCUUUUGUUAUGAAUUAAAUAAUUUUUUGCAUACUCAAGUAGUUCAAUGCUUCCAUGAAGUUAUGUGCUGUAAUCAUUCAAUUGCUGAAAACAGUACAUUUAUAGCUCAUGUUAUCAAAGAUUGUCAAUUAAUUGAAUCUAUUCUUGAUAAUGAGAAAUGUAUUCAACCUGGAAAAAAAAGAAAAGGAUAUAUUGGCCACUUAGCUACAAUUGCUAAAAGCUUACAUAAUACUGAAGCUUUUUACUCAGAUCAUUUCCGUGGAAUAAUUGUAAAUACAUUAGAUAGUGAUAUUGUAAGUCGAUGGGACUCCUUUACAUCUACGACAUUAGAAGAUAAUGAAGAAAGAAUUUCUACUUGUUUGGGAGGAAUUCAUCCUCGAGAAGAAAAAGCAUUAGAUGAUAGAAAAGAAAUGGAAGAGGAUGAAGCUAUUUAUGGGCGACCUGAAAUAGAAUUUAAUAUUAAUGACAAUAUUAUUGGGGUAUCUAGAGUUGAAAUAAACUUUGAUGAAGAUGAUGAUGACGAUGAUGAUGAUGACAAGGAUUCAAUGGAAAUGCAAGCUGAAAUGUUUAAUCGUAUGUGUUCAGUAAGAUCAUCAGAAAUGAGUAUUGAUGAACCUGAAAGUAAAGAUGCAAACGACGAUCAAUCGGGAGCUUUAGGCUUAUUUAGUAAUCAACUCUGGAAGGAUUCUAGUUCAUCUAAAAGGGAUUAUGGUGUUAAUAUUUUUAAUGACACUUAUGACAAAUCAGAAAAUGUAGUGUCUAAGGAUUGUAAUUUGUAUUGGUCUCCAGAAACCUCUGAUUGGGAAACCUUUAGGUCUCAGUUAACUGCAAAAGCAUCAAGUGAGAUGAAAAUUGAUAAUAAUUCUAUUAAUAUUUCUAGUGCUUUUUCUUCGAGCCCUUGGGGAGAAAAUGUUACAGAACCUACACCUAAAUUAGAAACUGGUUGGGCUAAUUUUGAUUCGAGUUUUGGUGAGCCAUUAGUGGCUAAUGGUAAUACAGUGAUUGAUAAUGAAUUAUUUCCUGAAGUUAUUGAACAUAAUACUACUCAAGAUAUUACUCCACCAUUUGUGUUGCCUGAUAAUGCAACAAUGUCAAUAGACAAUUUGAUACACUCAAAUUUGGAGGAUCAAGAGAUGACUGAUAAAAUAAAUGAUGAUUUAUUUACAUCAAAUACAUCUCUCUCUGAACAAUUAUCUAAUGAUGUAAAAUUGGCAGAUAGUUCUCCAAAAUCGAGUGUAAAGGAUUUGCCUGUUGUACCAAUUAUAUCAACUACGUCAGAUACAUCUUUAGUUGAAAAUUCACAUGAUAUGAAUUCUGUAGAUAGGUAAUGGUCAUUUAAUGCCUUAAAACCUUUGUAAUGGCAGUAUAAUAUUUUUAAAACAAAAAUUAAAACUUAUAAUUUUUAUAAACAUUUUUUUUUUCUUAUCAAUUUAUACAUAAAUUACGAUCAAUAGUCAUCUCUGUGUAUGUUUUUAAAGUGUCCGUCCGUUUUUAUAUAUGCAACAUCAAUAUAUUUUAUAAUAAAUCUAAUUCAUUCUAAAAAAUAAAACAAACAUUAUUAUUGAAUAAAAUGUACUCAUACACAUAAUUAUACAUUUAUUUAUAAUUUUUUUUUUAUUGAAAGACAAUUCUUGUUACCUAUGUAAUUAUUUAUUUUCAGUGUGUUUAGCUUAGUGUUUGAAUUACAGGGAUCAUAA